GUUCAGCUCCGUCCAAUGACGGCGCAGGUUGUUCCCACGAAGAGGUGGGAGAGGCCGACUUGGAGCAGCUGUGAGAGGAUUGAUCAGCCAACAUUAUCUGAAUUAAUUCGUUUGUGUCGGUGACUGAACCGCCGGGGUUCGGUGUGACCCAGCAGAACCGGAUGGGGGGAAACGGUUCGAGCCGCUUCCCUGCGGAGGAUGAAGGAGGAGGCGGGGUAGCUUUUGUGAAGGGCAUUCGGCUGUCGGACAGAGUCAUCAACCGCAUGAAAAAUUCGACAAAGACCAGCUGUCCUCACUCCUCAGCUGAUCCACCAACUCAGGUUGCAGCUCCGGUUCUGGCCCCAUCUGGCGAACCGUUGUUGCCUCUCCAGGCUCCUCCCUCACCUCAGCUCAUACCCACUCCUCCUAUUCCUCCCACACAGGAAGGCGUACCCACGUCUCCGUCAGUGGAAGCUGCUGCUCCACCUGUCAAACUCAUCCCUCCUCCUCCUGUGAAGUUCCUCUCCCUCCCUCCUCCAUCUCCGGAGCCAGAAACUCCACCUGCCCCUUCUUCAAGGGCUGAAAACACCGAAGUGCCUCAAUCUCUAACUCCACCUUCUGCUCUGGAACCACCUGAACCCAAAGAGCUAGAAACACAGACUACUCCUCAAAUAGAACAAGUGAAGGAACCAACGCCUUCUGAACCAGCUGCUGCUGAGCCUCUUGAGUCUGCUGCCACACCAGUUCAGCCAGUACUCUCACCCUCACCUCUUGCUUCUGCCCAACCUGGAGCUCCUCCAGAGUCUUCUUCACACGAAGCCUCGUCGUCACGUCGACAUGAAGCGCUCGCUGUGGUCCCCGCUCCGCCACAUCUGGAAGCGCCGCCUCCUAAAGAGCCACCAGUGACCACAGGUCUGCCUCCUGUUGUGGAAGACGAAGAGCCUUCCUUACUACCGCCGCCUGCAGAAGUGAUGGAGGAGGAACUGAGAGAGAAAAUCAGAGCAGAGAUGCAGAAAAGUCUGGAGGAGGAGAUCAGCCAGAAGAGAUGGGAGCUGCAGCAACAGCUGGAGGAGAUCCAGGUUCUGCGGCGAGCCGAGGCGACGGCGGCGGCUCGGGCCGAGGUGGAGGAGCAGGUGAAAAAGACUCUGGAGGCCGAGAGGGCGACGCACAUGGAGGAGCUGACGGAGUCCAUGGAGAGAGAGAAGACGAUGGCAGAGCGCGAGAAGCUCAUGGCGCAGCUUUAUUGGAUGGAGCUGAAGGCUCGUCAGCUGGAGGAGAGAGAGAAAGAGAUGAAGAAGCGCAAUGAACUCUACAAGGAGCAUGUUUCCAAACUAGAAGCAAAGUGCGCAGAGUUUUACAAAGUUUCAGCGGAAAAUUUCCAGGAAGGCAAAGAGGAGACUCGCAAGCGUUUUGCACGUUUUAACAUCCAGCCCCUGUGCGGAGACCUUCAGGGUCAGAUCCUGAAAUGCUACAAGGAAAACCCAGGAAGAACUCUGACCUGCUCAGGCAUUGCAUCGGCCUACGUGCAGUGUGUGGACAACGCCAAGAAAGAUAGACUAACCACUGGAGGUUAAAGGGGAAACAAGGACAUUUGCUGCUGCAACAAGAUAAAAAUAAACUCAAAUCGAGACGCCGAGAAGUGAAAACAUUCAAAUUCAGCCGCUUUAAAUGUCAAAAUGUUUUUCCACAAAACUGUCCAUGGCGUAGCAACCCAGUGUCUUUUGUCACGUGCACAAACCAGUUUACCUUUAAAUGAAUGACAUUCGAUAUCAGUGUGUAAAACCAACCGUGCCACGGCAGUAGCAAACAGGAUUUAUAAGUGCAAACAAGGUAAAGAUGUGCAUCACUGGUUAGUUUAAUCAUUAGGCACGAGUGCCUUGAAUUCAGGAAAGCAGAUUCUAAGUAUAAAAAUAAAAACUAUGCAAGGAGGUGAGUGUUUAUGCUGGCCAAAACCAACAACCAAAUGCAUCGGUGAAGCCUAGAAAUAAUGGAGUCCAAUGUUUAAGGGAAAUCAGGCUAAAUAAAGCACCACCAAACAAAAUCAA